GCGGCUUCUCGAGCUUUUUCGCCUGUUACGACCGGAUCUGCUGCUUUAUUCUGUCCUGGAGGAGUUUCUACGCUUGUGUAUUCCUCCCUUGCCACGGCAGCACGCUCGACCGUGUGUUUCUCGAGCGCGGGCGGCUUCAUAUCCGAAGCAGCGCGGCGGCGUCUUUUGCCUGCCAUCUACAUAUACCCCCCCAAAGGCUACACUACCAGCCAGAUACAAAGGACACCAAGAGAAAGAGUACUUCAGAGGACAAGGAAAUACAUCUUCCCACCAGGAGUGACGUCCAGAGACAUUGAGUGACCUGCGUUGCGCGGGCAGCUUGUCUCUCUGAGCUCUGCAGCGCUCGAUAACCGGCGGCUUCACCACCAGCCACCGCGAACCCCGGGCAGACAGACGGACAGACAGACAGACAAGACAUUACAGACUCUCUGCCCGCAGCCCUCGCAGAGACGAAGACGAUCCUCCGCCGACCGUCGUCUGUCCAUCUCUGCGCCCGCCAAGUGGACGGCCGGCCAGCAGGACAGGGGUUUCUACCGACUUCUACGGCCUGCCGACGAGCUGCGUCAACUCCUCUGCCACCCUCUGAGGCGCUGAUACCGGCCUGCAACCGCUCUCUACGCCCGUAACCGACCGCCUCUGCCGCCUCUACAAGUGCUGGACAGUCGCCGUUGUUGCUUCGCCCGCCAGCCUCUUUUUUUGCGUUGGUUGCCUGUCAAUCAACAACGCGUUUUUCCUGUUUCACGCCAUUUUUCGCGCACCCAAAAAAAAAAAACUCCAUCCACUCCGAGCCAGCGCUGAGAAAAACCCAACCACAAAAUUUCCUCGGCAACCCGACCAUCCACCCAUCACCACCACCACCCAUCGCCUGCCUGCCUGCCAGCCACCACCGUUCGCUGUCCGUCCAUCGCUCGUCUGCCUGCUACUCUGUCCGCCAUGGCUGACACUGAACCUACCAAGACUCCAGAGGCAUCGCGUCCUCAACAGCAGGAACCCGAGCCUGUCAGCAAGGAAGCCGACGCGGAACCCACCACUGACGCAGCCGACAAACCCCAACCCGAGUCAACAGACAUUGCUGCAGAAGAGAAGAAGCCAGCCGAAACCAGCGCUGACGCGGAGGCAGCUGCCUCUGCGGACAAAGCUGAUGGCGGGGAGGGUGGCGAGGCUGCUGGUACGACCGACCAAGCUGUCGCCGAAACAGCUACGAAUGGCGCUUCAUCUGGCCCCAAGAAGGCUGCCAAUGGCAAACGCAAGUCGACGGCCGGCCCUGGCCAGAAAAAGCUCGGCAAGAAGAAGUCAAUGAACCGGAUAUACCACCUGGAUGUGCAGCCAGGAGAGGUCUACCUUGCACGAAUGAAGAGUCAUCCGCCAUGGCCGUCCAUUGUCUGUGACGAGGAGAUGCUUCCUCCGAGCCUACUCAGCACGCGUCCAGUCACUACUAAGCGAGCAGACGGCACAUACGCCGAAGCUUACGGUGACGGAGGAAAGAAAGUGAAUGAGAGGACAUUCCCGGUCAUGUUUAUGGCCACUAACGAAUUUGCCUGGAUUCAUAACGCCGACCUCACCCCCAUAACUCCAGAAGAGUGCAAAGACGUUUCAGAAAAGGGCAAAUCUAAGAAUCUGAUCGCUGCCUACCAGGUAGCCGCCGAGGGUCACGACCUCGACUAUUUCAAGCAAAUGUUGAACGAUUUCGAGCUUGCCGUACAGCAAGCCCAAGAGGAACAGGAAGCAAAGGCUGCUGCAAAGGCUGCAAAAGAAGAGAAGAAGAAGAAACGAAAGAGCAUGGAAGUCGUUGAAGGGGCGGAAGAUGAAGAGAUGGAGGAUGCAGGAGAGAAGAAGAAGAGUACUAAGAAACGCAAGAAGGACUUGGAAAGCGAAGGGGAACAGGAGAAGCCCGUGAAGACGCCCAAGUCCGCCACGAAACUAAAGCUCACUACGCCUAAGAAUCCCACUGCUGGUGAGAAAGGUGCGAAAAAGGCUGCUACGACCGGAAAGUCGUCCAAGGGGAAGUCGAAGAAGAAGGCAGAGGCCAGUGACGAGGAGGUAGAAACCCCCAAGGAAGCCGAGAAGCCAGUCGAUCCGCAAGAGGCCAAGGCUAAGCGUGAGAAAGAGAUUCUAUAUCUUCGAUACAAAUUGCAGAAGGGCUUUCUUACGCGUGACCAGGCACCAGAGGAGUCCGAGAUGGAGUUGAUGUCCACAUAUAUCAACAAGCUGGAAGCCUACACUGACCUCGAAGUGAGCAUCAUUCGAUCUACCAAGAUCAACAAGGUGCUCAAGGCCAUCAUCAAGCUGCCCACCAUCCCCAAGGAAGAAGAAUACAACUUCCGAGGACGAUCCGUUCAGAUUCUAUCCAGGUGGAAGCAGCUCCUAGAAUCUGACAUACCCUCGGCGGGCGAGGGAUCUACUCCCGCAGACAAGCCGACAUCCAACGGCGUGCACAAGAAGGGCAGGGGCGGAAAGAAGGCCGAAGUAAAAAAGGAAGAAGAAAAGAAGACCGAAGAGGCCGAUGAAGAUACCGCUGAGCCAUCCAAGGACGGUGACAUCUCCAUGGCUGACGCAGAUGAUGAGAAGCCCGAGGCUGAAAAGGAUGAGAAAGUGGCCAAGGAAGAGGAGAAAGAGAACGAGAACGAGAACGAGGAAAAGGAAAAAGAAGAGGAGGCUGGAACUCCUGUAAAGGAUGCUGAUGCCAUGGAGACAUGAACUAAACAGCCAUACCUGUGAAGGCUGUGCUCGUUUGUCCUAGCAUACUAUACGGCCUGCAAUACACCAUGCAUUCUUGCAGAGUCCGUUAUUCCAAGAACAAAAUGACUUUGAUACAAAAGCCUGAAAAUCAAACAUACCCGUGCUUUUGAACUGCUCACUUCUACUUUUUACAAUCCAGCUGGGCCACCAUGGCGGAAAAAAUUGUACCCAUUUUCUUUCCUCAACUCGACCUCCUCCGUCUCCUACUAUCCUGCUUCCAAAAUCAGGGAAGCCCCAAAGCGAUGAUUCGUCCUGCCUUCAACCGCCUUGGCCAGCCUAUUACAAUUGUUUCUUAUUCCGUUAAAUUCGUUCUCUGGACUGUCUGUGUAUUAUGCUGCGAAUUUUGUGUGUACUUUGUUAAUGCUACAGGGCUCUUUUUUCAUAAUUAAUUCCCUUAUUAUUAUCAUAUAUUUCGGCCUGGUUAUUAGCCCCCUUUGGCCUGCAUCUCCGUC